GCCCGUGCUGAACGCGUGUUUCGCGCUUCGGUAACUCAUCAAACACAAGCCACCCGAUGCAGAGAACAUGAUUUCCCCGUCCGAGAACGAAAGCGGCGAGCGCCAGCCGCUGCUGAGCAAUGAGUCGACUCAGGUCCAAAGCAUUGUUGAUGCAGCGCCUGCGCCAGAUGUUGAAGCGCAAGGCACUUUUUCGCGCAAUCUAGGCACUAAGGACGCAUUUGCCAUUGUCAUUAGUAUCGUGAUCGGGAGCGGCGUUUUCACCUCUCCUGGCUCCAUGUAAGCAAUCUCGGAGCCAAGUCCUACCCAGUUCAGCAUGCCAUGUAUGGAGUGCCUGCUCUCAUCAGAGGCAAUCUCAGUCUUUGUUUAUUUUGCAGAAUUCGCAAAGACCUCUCAAGCCUUCUUGAAAAAAACUUUACUUAUUCUAAAAACUAGUGAUACAAAUGUUCCGUCGCCGGGCAUCGCACUGGUUAUUUGGUUAGUCGGUGGUAUUUUAGCAUGGACCGGUGCUAGCACUAUGGCGGAGUUGGGAACCGCCAUUCCGGGAGAAGGUGGUGUACAACCCUACCUGCAAUAUAUCUUUGGAGAUGCAUUUGGCUUCCUUGCUGCAUGGACGUGGAUAGUCGCGGUCAUGCCUGCGACACUGGCCAUUCUGAGUAUUGUCUUCGUCGAGAGCAUAUUCUCGUCUGUGGGUGUGACUGAUCAGGCUGAUUCAGUCGGGCACAAAUUGCUCUCUAUCCUAAUUUUGGUUGUCAUGAAUGUUGCAAACUCCAUCAGCACAAAAGCCAGCACCCGGCUCAACAGUUUCUUCGUCUUCACCAAAUUCCUAAGCAUCGUCGGCAUCGUCGUUGCAGCAAUUAUCGUAGUGGCUCUCCAAGUGUCGAAGCCGGAUCGUGACAUUGGUGGUCGAGAUUGGUACAACAAAUCCUGGUUUGGAUAUCGAACUACAGUCAAUCCGGACGGCAGCAAAACUGACUGGACUGUGCUGUCCCAAUGGGAGUUAUUGGGGCACUACUCAGCAGCAUUAUACGGUGCGCUAUGGGCAUAUUCUGGUUGGGAUAAAGCAAUUUACGUGUCCGCCGAGCUUUCAAGACCAGCCCGGCAGUUACCUUUAGCCAUCAACACCGCGGUCCCUGCUAUUAUUGUUUGCUUCCUCGCUGCCAAUGCAGGCUACUAUAUUCUGCUACCCUGGGCUGUAGUAUCUACCACCGAUAGCGUGGCAGUAACUGCCAUGACCCGUCUUCUAGGACCCGUGCUUGGUGUGAUUGCUGCCAUACUCAUUUGCCUGGUUGUUGCAGGGUCACUUUUAGGCAACUCUUUUGUCGCCGGCCGAAUGGCUGUGGCCGCUGCAAAUAAAGACUGGCUGCCACGCUUUUUCUCGUUCGUUGGUCAUGUUGGUUUCCAGCCUCGACAAGAUUCUCCGUCAGAUAACUCAAGUGACGAAUCUACCACCAUCAAGAAAUCGGAAUCAGAUGCACCACUAAACGCCAUCCUUUUGUCGACUCUGCUAUCGGCGCUUUAUAUCCUGCUUGGCAACUUUCGUGCUUUGGUGACUUUCAACGGACUGGGAGAGUACUCGUUUUUCUUUUUGACCGUGCUUGGCGCGGUGAUUCUGCGUUUCCGCGAGCCUAACCUGAAACGCCCUUACAAGCCCUUCUUGUUAGUGCCAUUGGUUUUCGCUGCCGUCAGCGGAUUUGUGGUCGUUCGAGGUGCCAUUUUUGCACCCCUAUUGGCCUUGGUCCUGAUCGUCGUUUGGGCAAUUGGUCUGGGCUUCUACCAAAUUCGAAGAUAUCUCGCACAACGAGACACAUCGGUAGAAGUGUAGGCUUUUGUUUACUCGGUCUAAACUGGCCACUGUCUUUUGGUUUCUCCGGAUGCCAAUAGGCCAAUGUGUGGCCCCCUGCAUUCCGGAGAUAAUACUGGGACUACUGGAGGGUAAUGCAAAGCACAUAUUAGCUUGCAAAUA